AUGGGACAAAUUGAAUAUGAUGAAAAAUUUAAAGAUGGAGCAGUAAUGGAAACAUUCGAAGAAACGGAAUUAAUAAUUGAUAGAGAAAAGCACGGAUCUUAUAAAUUAUUUAGUGAAGAAUCAAAAGAAUCAGAAUUAUCGGAAAGAAUUUCAGAAACACAAGAAGAUGAAGCAGCAGCAAACCUACGAGAUGAAAAUACAAGAUAUCUUCAAGCAAAUGAAGUAGAUUGGAGAAGUGGUAAUCAUAAUGGAAUAUUACCAGAAGGAAUCUGGAAAAGAUUAGUAACGGCAACUGGAAAUAUUUAUCAUGUGCAAAUCCAAUAA